UCCAGUUUAUCGAAUAAUAAAAUUAUUUGUUGUUCAAAAUCAACAUUACUCUUUUAAUUUGGAUGGUGAUUAUCAUAUGUGGCCUUUAACUUCACAAAAUGACAGUUUAUUAGAAAUUCGCCAAUCUAUCAGAGCACCCUUUAUACUGCGCAUGAUGCAAAACGUCUUCACCAAAAAAAUAUUUUGGAAUGGCAUUCGCUUAUAUGUAAAUAGCACCCAAUUAUAUCAUCGAAGUUUUGAGAAUUUUAUGAAAGCAGUUGUUCCUGAAUCAAGAAAAUCAGAAAUGGCUCUACAAACAAUGGAAUAUUGGGCUUCGGAAGAGCAUUGUCCUCUCGUAAAAAUAAUACGAUAUUAUGAUAAUCCUACGGCUAAAAUAGUUAUUUCAGUGCCAAAUUUCGAUAUAUUAAAAACUUAUUGCUUACCUAUAACUUUUACUACGCAGACGUACCGCAAUUUUAACAAUUUCUCUUAUAUUUCGCUAAUAACGAGAAAUUUUGUAUUAACAUUACCAUUUAAGGAGGAUGGUUGGAUAAUAUUCAAUAUACAACAAACUGGUCAUCUCCAUUCCUCUAUAUUCUGGAAUAUCAUACCGUAUUUACAACAAGAAGAAGAUUAUAUAGCAUGGUAUCCUAUGUUUAAAGCUCUGGAAUACAUGUUUAGUACUUUUCCUGUAGCCAUACUAGAAGAAUAUAGAGCAUGGCCUGUCAGAUUUGAGGUACUUCAAAGAAUAAAGUAUGAAGAAAUAGAUGACAGAGACAAGCUAAGAUCAUGUUUACGACAAGAAGCUGCAAAAUGGGCAUGUCUUUUUGGUGACAACACUUGUAAGAAAGAAGCCUACAAUAAAUUAAGACAACAUCUCCUAGAUCCUACAGAACACAAACUUUUGCCAUGGUGGAAGGAAUGGACAUAUUGUAAAGGUUUGAUGAUAGCCAAAAAAAAGAUUUGGAAAUUAGUAUAUGAUCUAGGAUUGAAUAACACUAAAUAUGUAGAAUUCUUGGCUUGCACUGAAAAUACUGAUAUCAUAAUGGAUUAUUUAAGUCCGCCCACUUUUACACAACGGGAAUAUCUUUCUAACGGUUUUUUACAUAUUAUAACGAAGCAUGCAAAUAAUCUAAUUAUACUGCAGCACAUAUUAAAUUAUCUUCAGGAACUAAAACCAAAACAUGUUAAUACAACUGCAGCAUUAAUUAUUAUUAUUAAUAACAUAUAUUCCGAAAAUCUAACUAAGGAAAUAAAGGAAUAUGUUGAAAGUAUGAAGGUCAAAGUAUACUUAGUUCAAGAAAUGAAUAUCACAAAAGAUAUACUGAAAAGACGUCAAAUAAAGGAGGAUUUUAUAAUGAAAUUUGACAAAAUUCAAAGCAAGAUAAAAAUUCGCAACGAUCAAAUCAACAGACAGAUACGAUAUUAUGAAAAUAUCCGUUUUAAACAUUGGAAUUAAAAAAUUGCAGCUUUGCAUGAGUGGAUGUACUUCAUACAAAUAAUUUUUUAUAUUGUAUCCACUAUUUCUU